AUUGGAGGUCCUUGCAAAUAAGAUUUUCAGGGCCACGUUCCUGUACCGUCAUGUAGAAGCUUAGCUAAUUUGUUUUUUGCUUUAUUUUCUUUUGGGUAGGAAGAAAGAUCCAAGUUGGUAUUCUAGAGCAUCUAACUUUGUUGCAGAGCCUGUGGUAGAUGUGCAAAUGAAUCAUAAUUCAAAAUCUGAGCCUGUGGUUGAGAAUGGGAAUUCGUUUCCUGAGACAAAGACUAAUUCUGCUGAGAAUGGGAGCCUGAUUGAAACUCAGGAUAAAGAUGUUUUCUUGGAAGGCCUUGAUUCAGUUUGCUGUCUAUGAUCAAUGGAUUGCAGCUCUGAUAUCUGGACAACGCCCAAAAGCCCGAUAUGAGCAUGGUGCGGUAGUUGUGCAAGACAGGAUGUACAUAUAUGGCGGAAACCACAAUGGUUGUUACCUUAAUGAUAUUCAGGUUCUGGAUUUGAUAUGUUGGACUUGGUCAAAGAUUGAGGCGAAGGCUGGGGCUGAGUCACUGGAGUCACCAUCUCCAGUAACAUUUUCUCCUUGUGCUGAUCAUUCCUUGGUCAGUAUGUAGCUUCUUUAAGCAAAGUUUUCUCACUAAUAUAUGAACUUUGACUUAAUAUCUAUUUGUUUCUUCUGUCUUUUUUUUCCCCAUUCGAUAGUGGUUUUGAAAUAUUUUUUCAUUUUUUCUAUAUAUA